AUGGCGAGCGAGACGACGACCACGCAGGCAGACUUGCACCCCUUGGAACUAAUCAUUUUUGAUCGACUUGAUCGACUUGAAUAUGAGCAGUCCCCGUCAUCUCGGCGCCUCAGCUUGCAACAGGCAAUGGUGAUAUUACAGGUUCUUGCUGUCACUCUUACCGCCAGUGUAGUCAAUGGUUUGGUAAUCGUCGGUUUACCGACUAUCACUAGGGAUCUCCAGCUUCGGCCAUCGCUUGCCUUUUGGCCAUCGUCGGCGAGUAGCCUAGCUACCGCAUCAACACUUCUAUUGGCUGGAUCAAUGGCUGAUGCAGUCGGUCCAAGAUGCAUUGAGCUUGUCGGGGCUUUCUUGAGCGGAAGCUUAAUCAUCGGCCAAGGACUAUGCCAAUACGGGGAACAAUUUGUCUUAAUGAGGGCCUUCCAGGGUCUUGGCCUCGCGCUUCAUCUGGCUUCAUCGAUUUCUAUUAUCACGCAGCUAAUGCCGCAAGGCAAAGACCGCAACCUUGUCUUCUCUGCCAUGGGCAUCAGCCAGCCUCUUGGAUUCUCGAUUGGACUAUUUGUGGGUGGUAUUUUGGUCGACACUAUUGGCUGGCGAUCGGGGUGGUAUAUCGCUGGGGGGACAACGCUCUUUUUUGCCGUUAUCGGUCUGCUAGCUUUGCCGAAAAACAAAGACCAUCAAUAUGCAGAUCCGAUCAAUAAUAUUCGGACAAAUAUUGACUGGGUUGGCGCUUGUCUGGCUUCUGCUUUCAUGGCUCUGCUCUGCUAUUUCCUUGCCAUUUUGAGCGCCAAUCCCUCUAGUAUUACGUCUACUGAGAGCAUCGUCAUACUAUGCCUUGCUGCUAUUGCUCUUCCUUCCUUCCUUCUGUGGAUGGAGUACCAGGUCAAACGGAAUAGGCCAGCGCUAAUUCCCAAUUCAUUUUGGAUAAACGUAUCAUUUUCGAGCAUCUGCACUACUAUUGCUCUCUCAAACGCUGUACUCAACUCUAUGGAGCUUUUCACUGGGCUGUUUUUCCAGGAAGUCCAGCACCUAUCCGCUUUCCAGACAUCGCUUCGCAUUCUACCAAGUCUUGUAGUGGGCGUAUUAGUGAAUCUCCUUGUCGGAUUCUCGGUGCACAAAGCCCCUGCUGUCUGGAUUGCGACGAUCACAUCUUUUCUCUGCGCAGGGUCACCCUUAUUGAUGGCCGUUAUCCAACCGUCAUGGCCAUAUUGGGCCAACGCUUUUGUAGCUCAGCUAUUGCAGCCAAUCAGCGUAGAUGCCCUCUUCACUAUUGGUCUGAUCUUCAUCACAGAUGCUUUUCCUGACAAUACUCAAGCUCUGGCUGGUGCAGUAUUCAAUACUUCGGCGCAGUUCGGUACCGCCCUUGGACUUGCUGUUAUGCAGGUUACCUCGACCAUUACCACGAACAAAUCCCAGAAGCUGGAAACGCAGGCGCUCAUGGAAGGCUACCGGGCGAGCUUCUGGACCAUGUUUGGAUUCAUGCUUCUCUGCACGGUCGUCUCCUUCCUCGGAUUAAGAAAUGCCGGUAAAGUGGGACUUAAACGGGAUUGA